CUGACCUCCUGUGGCGGUGCCCUGUCUCGAGUAUAAAUCCUGCUCUCCCCGAUGACUCUCCUACCCUCUAUUCCUCUUGAUCCAGUCAGCAAGGUAUGCUCAUCGACGGCGAAAAGUGGGCUUGUGAAGCGUGUGUCCGCGGCCACCGUGUGACAACGUGUAAACAUCAUGAUCGAUCAUUAAUCCGCAUCAACCGUAAAGGUCGUCCCUUCGCGACCUGCUCGGUCUGCCAUCACACUCCCUGCCCGACCCCCGACGAGCACACCAAGCUGCGCCGCGAGGCCGAGGCCAAAUCUUCAAAAAUUACUAGGAUUCCGGGCAGACGUCCCUCUUCCACUCGUUCGCACGCCGCCUUUAUUCCCAUUGCGCCGCGUCCUGCCCCGUCGUCCGUCUCGUCGGCUUCGUCGUCGUCCUCGCUGGCCCCGGAGUCGAGUGCUAGGGGUCUCAUGCUGGAGGAUCUACAGUACUCCCGCCAGGCCGAGCCCCGGAGAGAUGUGCCCGUGGCUGGGGCCGGCGUGGGUGUGAGCGGGAACGGCGCAGCAGGUGCUACGUCGCUCUCUCCCCCGGAUACGUAUUUGCCGCUGUCCUGCGCGUCGCUGGGCUCUUCUCCGCUUGGGCCGCUGGAGACGCCCCUGUCUGUGUCGAUGUCCAUGUUCAUGCCGAUGUCCGUGGCUAGCGGAUCCUGGACGGACGCCACCCCCGCGUAUGCGGAUGCCGGGCCCUUCACGCUGGAGGACAUGGAUGUCGACGUGAUCGGCGACUGGACGUGGUUGUCGCAGACGGUAUGACACUAGGGAAUGGGUAUCGGGUGGUACCCAUGAUUAUGAAUUAUGAUUUAUGCGGUGGCUGCUGUUUUACUGGAUUUGGCGUCGCUUU